AUGUAUCCUGAGUUUGUUCAACUGCUUUAUUGUGAUUCUGUGGUCAAUUUUGCAGCGUUUGAUAAGAAAUGUGUUGAUUUGUUAAGACGUUUGGAUGAAGGUAAUAUCAUAUUUAAAGCACCGAAAGACUGGAUGGAAAUAAAAACAAUUGAUAUGCACACAGGCGGUGAACCAUUACGUGUUAUUGUUGAUGGAUUUCCUUCAUUAAAAGGAAGUUCAGUAUUGGAAUACCGCAGAUGUAUCAAAGAAAAUUACGAUUAUUUGCGUACUACUUUGAUGUUUGAACCACGUGGACAUGCAGAUAUGUACGGAUGCAUCUUACUGCCUCCAAAUGAUGAUGAUGGUGACUUUGGUAUAAUAUUUAUGCAUAAUGAAGGGUACAGUACUAUGUGUGGCCAUGCCAUUAUUGCUAUUUCCACAUUAGCUGCAGAGAUGAAAUGGAUUAAUGUAAAAGAAGGUGACAAUGUAAUAAAAAUUGAUGCACCUUGUGGACGUAUUAUUUCUUAUGUGAAUGUAGAAAACGAGAAAAUUACAGAUGUUCGUUUUUCUUGUGUACCAUCAUUUGUAAUAGGUUUAGAUAGAACAGUUAAUGUGGAAGGAUUAGGUGAAGUAAUUUAUGAUUUGGCCUAUGGUGGUGCAUUUUAUGCUUAUGUGGAUAUUCGUAAAAAUCAAUUUCAACUCGAUUUAACUAGUGAAAAUUACCGUACGAUUAUUGAAAAUGGAAUGAAAAUUAAACAUGCUGUAAUGAUUAAAGAUAAAGAAAUAGUGCACCCAUAUGAGAGUGAUUUAAGUUUUUUAUACGGAGUCAUAUUUAUUGGCAAUCCAGUAACUGAAGGUAUUGAUAGUAGGAAUGUUUGUGUUUUUGCAGAAGGGGAAGUAGAUCGUUCACCCACGGGAUCCGGAGUUUCAGGGCGUAUGGCAAUUCAUUAUGCCAGGAAAGAAAUUAGUUUAAGAGAAAAAAUGAGGAUAGAAAGUAUUACUAAAAGUGUUUUCAUUUGUUCCGUCAGUGAAGAAGUUAACUAUGGCCCAUAUUCUGCUGUAAUACCACAAGUAGAGGGGACGGCCCAUAUUACAGGAAUGAAUACAUUUGUAAUUGAUCCCAAAGAUCCUAUGAAAAACGGUUUUAUUCUUCGAUAA